AUGGAAUUGUCAGCGUUCGACGAUAACUUCGUCAAUCGAUCCGUCAACGUCAGCCUAUUACUUGUCUUUGACGCCAUUCUUGAUGCCGAGAGGCUUCAUAGCACAUUAGAAGCACUGGUAAGAUCAGAGCAUUGGAAUAGGAUCAGUGCAGAGCGAAAGACGCGGAAUGGCCGGAUGAUUCUAUGCCAAUCUGAAAACCCAGAUGACUCAGUUUCACCCAUUGAGUAUAUGCAUACCGUACAAAAAAGCCGAAUAUUUGAGCACCCCAAGGUUGCCAAGCUUCUUGGAACACCAACUGUGCCCACUGUCCUCGGUACUAUAACAGAUAUUCAAGACACACUUUGUCUCUCAGUGGAGGGCUUUGGGAAGCGGCUGGAUAAACAGCUCGGGCUGCACGUCGUCUCUUUCUUGGACGCUACUUCUAUCAUUCUCCGCUGGCAUCAUACGUUAUGUGAUGCUACGGGGAUGGGUUUGAUCGUGCAAGCAUGGACUGCGAUGUUGAGAAGCGAUCCUGCAGGCGUUCCAAACAUCAUGAGUACCAACGUGGAUCACUUGGCUGACGUUGGUCGGAAUCCACCUGAACCGCACUAUCUCGAGUCCCAGAGGAUGACAUUCUUGGGGUCUCUGGCCAAGUUGACCUACGAGAAUUUGGGGGGCAUAUUCUCCGGGUGGGAAACAAGAGCCGUGUGUCUCCCGGCUGCGUUUCUCAAAAAUUACAGGGCACACGCGGAGGCCAAUCUAGACUACUCUGGCCAGGGACACAAGCCCGAGUUUCUCACCGACGGCGACUUGAUAAGUGCAUGGUGGGCGCGUUUGCUAAUAUCCUCCCAAACCUCCACGCCAUCAGACAGAUCUGUGUUGAUCAACAACGCGGUCUCCUAUCGGUCUGCGCUACAGCCGAAUCCCCUUCCCGAAAUCGCAGGGUUCCUCCCCAACGCGGUAGGCUUUGCAACAGCCAUGAUCACUGUUAAAGACGUUCUGGAAAAGAACGUGAGCUACAUUGCCUGUGCAGUCCGGGACUCCAUUCUGAAAGCGAGAACCAGAGGACAAAUAGAGGCGUACGCGUCAUUACUUCGAAACUCGCCGCAGCAGCUGUUCCCUCUGUUCGGUAGCGCAUCUACCUCCCUCGUGUUUGUUACGAACUGGUCCAAAUCCAACUUUUGGGCCACAACCUUUUCUGGCGCAGAAGCCGGAGAUGUAGCAAGAGAUAAUACUGGGCAAGUGGGAAGCGGCUUGCCCCGGAUCUUCGCAGCUUGGCCGACGCCAAAUUUUAUGAAUGGGAUGAUAAUAUUAGGAAAAGAUGCUGUGGGUAAUUACUGGGUGAACAUUACACUGACGGCGAAACUUUGGAAUAAGUUCGAACCUUUGAUGAAGAAGGAAACUGAGCGUAUUUAUGCUUCGACGAGUUAG